UGUGGUGUCGGCGCGCGCGCAGCGGUUCGGCCGCGUGCGCCGCAGCGGUUCUGCACGAACCGCGUGUGACGCACACAAAUGUGUCGUGCACCGGCGGCGCUUUGCGCAGCUCCUGCACUGCUUGCCAAGCCUGCCUGCCUGCCCAGGCUUUGCUCGGCAGCACUGCGCGCCGACGCGGCGCUAGCUCAACCAAAGCGCACGUUUCGUUUGACAGCGUGCUCGAGACGAUUGAGAACCAACGAAACCCAGCCCGCCACCGACCCGCGACGCUGCCACAAGAGGCUGCCAAAAAACAGCACUCCCUCUAAACGAGCGCGCGGAACGAUGUCGCAGCACGUCGCCAAGCUCGAGGACGGCACGGAGAACCACCUGAAGACGGGCGGCGAGCAGAUCACGUACGCGAACAAGGCGACCGCCGGCUCCGUCGACCCCCGGUGCAAGGAGGUCUUCACGCAGCUUAAGAUCCGGAGGAAGCACCGGUACGUCGUGUACAAGAUCGACCCGGAGACGGAAGCCGUCGUCGUCGAGACCAUUGGUGAAAGGGACGCGGACCUCGACGCUUUGUUGAGAGCAUUACCGGACGCCGACUCGCGCUACGCCAUCUUCGACCACGCCUACAAGACGUACGACGGCCGGCCGGCGAACAAGUUGUUCUUCCUGUCGUGGUUCCCGUCGAACGCGACGCCGUACAGCAAGAUGGCCUACACGCACGCGAAGGAGCACGUGCGCGAGGUCUUCACGGGCGUCUUCGACAUCAUGGCGCGGACGACGGACGAGGCGCGGUCCCUCGUCACGGGCGAGGCCGAGUCCGAGAGCGACCAGGAGUUCGACGACGACGACUUCUGAGCUAUGUGCCCCAAGUGUGUAAGAUAGUUAAU